CCUCUCCUUCGCUUCACGACCGCAACGGCAGCGCGAACGGAUCGCAAACCGCGCCGCAGCCGCCAAAGCACUCCGCGACCUCUGCGGUACGGACCGCCUUUCCCCACACACACAGCGACACCGCCAAACGACGCGCAGCUCACACACACACAGGGAAUGCCGCAGCGCAGCGCCAUGGCGGGGCCACAACGGCAGCCGCGGCCUCACGGCCCCGUCCGGCACAGCUCAGCACAGCAAGGAACAGCAAAGAACAGAACAGAACGGCCCGGCCCGGCCCGGCCCGGCCGCCCCGCAGCGGCCCCAGCACCAGGCCGCGCCUCGAGGCACAGCGCCGUCCCGCCCGACCCCUCGCGGACCCCUCGCGGACCCCCGCGCGCCCCGGCCCGAACCCGCAGCGCCCGCAGCGCCCGGCAACGCCAACGGCAACGCCAACGGCAACGCCGACGCCGACGCCGACGCGGACGGAGCCCAACGGACGCUCACGGCUCUCCGCCUCACCGCGCUCACCGCACGCCGCUCUCCGCCUCACCGCAGCCCGGCGCCGCCCGGAUGCAGGCCCUCAGCCGGAAGCGGCCCCGGCCCGGCCCCACGCAUGCGCGCUCCUCCCGAGCGGCGCUCGCACCGCUUCCCGCUGUGCUCGGCGCCCCCCGGGCCGGAGCGAGGCUGCGCGGCGGCCAUUGGCUGCGGGCGGCUCCUCCCCGCGCCUCGGGCAGCUCGGGCAGCUCGGGGCCGUGCGGGGACGGCCGUGCGGGGACGGCGAGCCCCGGGCCCCGCGCCGCCCGUGUGCGGGCCGUGCGAUCGCCGCUAACGGCCGGCCCCGCUCGGUGCGUUGCAGCCGGGAGCGCCUGGCACCGCGCUGACCGUCCGCCCGUGGAGCCGGCAGCGGAGGACGAGCGGCGGCACGACGAGGACCGGGACGACGACGACGACGACGAGGACGAGGACGAGCGGAGCCUGCGGACGGCCCUCAAGAAGCUGCGGCUGGACGCGGCGCGGCGGCACGAGGACGAGGAGGAGCAGCAGCAGCAGCAGCAGGACGACGACGAGGACGAGGACGACGACGACGAGGACGAGGAGGAGCGCAGCCUGCGGACGGCCCUCCAGGAGCUGCGGGUGGACGCGGCGCGGUGUGAGAGGACUGCAGGAGGACCGGCCGGUCUCUCACGGCACGGACGUUCCGGGUCUCCUGUCCUGUAUCCUCCCACGUUUACGCACUGCGGCACAAAACACAAAACCCGGUCACACACACCAAAGACUCACGUCCGUUCCAGUGUUUGUGCUACAGCAGAACACGGCACAGAGGACAGACACAGUCCUCACUUUGAGGCCAGCCAUGGCAGAAGAGCCACAGCUGAACCUCUGCUGAACCACCGCUGCGGGGCCUGUGGGGAAGUCACGGGAGAACUGCCUCGCUCUGCCCUCAUCGUCUCACUCUGACUCACACAACAGCCAAACCUCACUUUUCCUUUCCUUAUCCACGCUUCACAGAUCCAUCUGUGAAACAGCCCUGUGCAGCCCUCCCGCAUCCCGAUUCUGUGGAGGCUCACGCUUAUGUCAGUGACGUGACUGUGGAAGACCUGGCAGGGUACCUGGAACACCAUCUGCAUAUACCAAAGAAAAUGUCUGCCAUGGCAGAAAUGAUGUAUUCAUAACCAAACAUCAAAAACAGUCACAGUUCUAAGCGCUAUCAGAAAUUUAAAUGGCUCGUUUGUGCCAUAUUUGUAAUGUUCUGUUUCAUCAAAUGUUUUAUUACACGGUACAGUUUAGUUUUGUAAUUAAGAGAAAAACUGUACAUAGUUGCAUAGACUCCUGUGGCUGAAAUGAUGUAUACUUAACUGAAAGCCAUACUCAGUCACAUAGUAAUACAGUUUAUUUUUGUAACUCGAAUAAAAACUGUAUAUCGUC